AUCGCCUAUUGCUUCGGUUUUUGUGCACAAAGGAGGUCGUCGGAUUUCGGCACCUAAAACUUUCCCUUUUUAUCCCUCAAGAUUCUCUAUGACAUCCCACGAUCCGACAGGAGACAGCAUUAAAUCUUGGCUACAUUCCCAAGCCCCGCAAGAGUUAAGCCUUUCUCAGUUUCAGUCUUAUUUUCCGGCGGAAUAUAGGGAACGCGCCCAAGUUAAAGAUCUUUGGAUGGACUACCGCGCACAUCAUAACCACGUAAUAAAAGUAGUGGAUAAUGAACUGCAAGAGGAGAUGAACGAACGCCAAAUCAUCCGCAAUGAUUCCCAAGAAAAUUUUGAUGACCUGACUACCGCCCUUGCCAACCUUGCUGAAGCAGAGCGUGAAUUGGAUAGAUUGAACAACGACGUUGAGCGAGACAUUCUUGAAUGCGAAGCUCUGAUAGCAAUGAAACAGCGAGAAGUAUUUAAUCUUUCGGACCGAGAAACAAACGAUGAAUUGAAAGAAGAGCUUGCCGGUGUAUCCAGUAAAUUAAAGGAAUUACGAUUAUUGUGCGAUCGCCAAUAGUUGGCAAAAAACAUCUUAUGUCCGGCAAUCAUGAUAUUUGAAUCGCAUUGGAUCAUAGUCAGACAUAAAUGGGAUGACUCUGUGUGGUUGUGGUCGCGGUUUGUACGGCAAAGCAAAUACCAAUAUUAAUGCGGUGGAGACAUGUUAAGAGAUGUGAUAUUAAUAUAGCAAUACCCCGGCGAAGCAGAUUAUAGUUGAGAGUGCGUUGAAUAAUAUCAAUAGUGCGGCAGUUAGUAAAACUUUGUAAUCUACUGAAAAUGGAUAACCAUACGGGCAUUCCUCUCGCCUACAUGGGCUUUCGCCGUGUACAUACACCAUUGCUAUCAUGCCUUAAUGAUACCUAGAUAAUAACAAAAUAAACUCUAUUUCAAAUUGCAUCGAGUA